AUGUCCACUUCGGCAGAUAGAACAUAUGAAGAGCAGAAUGAUGCAUCGCUCAAUAAGCUAUUUGAUAAAGUAAAGGCAUUGAGAGGCGUCACAACGGACAUCUACAACGACGCCGAAUCUCAGACGCAAGGAUUGCUAGGAGAUGCAUCGGAGGGUUUUGAUAAUUUCGCAGCAAGGUUGUCGAAUACAAGUUCAAGAUUUACCAGACAGGUCGUCAACGGAGGGAGAGGGAGCCGGAUGAUCUUGUAUAUCGUUGGCGGCUUCGUUGGAAUACUAGUCUUAUACCGGAUAUUGUUCUGA